AUGCUUUUUGGAGAUACAAUAACCAGAACUGAAGAUAGUAGUCCAAAUGAAGAAUCAACAGGAUCUACUCACAAUAUUUUGCCUGAAGGAAAUAAGGAGGUCCUAGCCUUGGCCUAUGCUAUAAAUGAAAUCAAUAUCAACCCAAAGAUUUUACCAAAUGUUACUCUGGGGUUCCACAGCCAACAUACCUACCAUAUUCAGAGAAGAAACUAUCAGAACAUCCUGAGAAUUCUGUCUGGCUCAGAAACGAAUGUUCCCAACUACAGUUAUGAUGUCCAGAAGAAACCAAUAGCUUUCAUUGGAGGACCAGACCCUGAAACGUCUCUUCUAAUGGCUGGCAUCUUAACUACCUACAAGAUUCCCCAGAUCAGUUAUUGUUCAUUUUCUAUGGAGAAACAUGAUAAAGCCGACAUCCCUUCCUUGUACCACACAAUCCCCGGGGAAGAAGAUCAGUACGAUGGGAUUGCACAGCUACUCCUGCAUUUCCAGUGGAAAUGGGUUGGGAUCAUUGCACCAGAUGAUGAUAAAGGAGAAGGUUUCAUACGGGCACUGCCCCCAACGCUUUACAAGAAGGGCAUCUGUACAGCUUUCAUAGAAAAAAUAAAAAACAUUUUAAUUCAGUAUACAAAACUAAAUGACAAAUCGAUGCUCUCCUGGAAGCAGGUAUUCAAUGAUUUAGUACAUUUUGUCAAUGCUCGGAAGAAGAACCCAAAGAGCCUUCCAGGACUGCAUUCUGAAAUGGAAAUGCCUGGCCAAAGUUACAGCAUCUACAUUGCCGUCUACGCCAUAGCACAUGCUUUACAUGCCAUGCGCUCAGCAGGACAGAGACAGAGAGCAAUGAUAAGGAGAGACACAAAGUCAUUCCCACAACCAUGGGAGGUGACGCCUUCUUCUCUCUGCAAUGAGAAAUGCCAACCCGGUUACAGCAAGAAAAAGCAGGAGGGGAAACCAUUUUGCUGCUAUGAUUGUAUUGCAUGUCCAGAUGGAAAGAUUUCAAACAAGACGGCAGAUAUGGACGAUUGUUUCAAAUGCCCAGAAGAUCAGUAUUCAGAUAAAGAGCAGGAUCAAUGCCUUCACAAACGCUUAAACUUUCUUUCUUACUACGAAAUGUUGGGCAUUACUUUGUGUCUUUUGGCCUGUUGUUUGGCAGUGAUCACUGUGCUGACACUUGGAAUCUUUAUCAAGCAUCAAGACACUCCCAUUGUCAAAGCUAACAAUCGUGAUCUCUCAUAUGUUCUACUAACUUCUCUCUUCUUCUGUUUCCUCUCAUCGCUGUUAUUCAUUAUCCAGCCUGGGACAGUCAUCUGCCCUCUUCAACAAGUGGCUUUUGGCCUCAUCUUCUCAGUGGCUAUCUCCUGCGUUUUGGCCAAAACCAUGACAGUGGUUGUGGCUUUCAUGGCCACUAAGCCGGGAUCCAGGAUGAGGAAAUGGGUGGGGAAAAGACUGGCCUUCCCCAUUGUUCUUUCCGGCUCCCUCAUUCAAGUAGUUAUUUGUAUCAUCUGGCUAUGUACUGCUCCACCAUUUCCAAAUGUUGAAAUGCAUUCUCUGGCUGAGGAAAUUGUGAUGGAGUGUAGGGAAGGAUCCGUUGUCAUGUUUUAUUGCGUUCUGGGCUUCUUGGGAUUGUUGGCUUUGGUGAGCUUCAUUGUCGCUUUCUUUGCAAGGCAUUUGCCUAGCACUUUUAAUGAAGCCAAAUUUAUCACUUUCAGCAUGUUGGUCUUUUGCAGUGUUUGGCUAUCAUUUGUUCCAUCCUAUCUGAGCACCAAGGGCAAAUAUAUGGUAGCUGUGGAGAUCUUCUCCAUUCUGUCUUCUGGUGCUGGAUUAUUAGGUUGUAUCUUUGCUCCUAAAUGUUUUAUUAUUAUCCUGCAUCCUAAACUAAAUAGCAAAAGUCAUGUAAUAACUAGGCAUGGUGAGGAGAAAUAG